UGUACUUCCCCCUUUGUGUACUGGGGUCUCGAGAGGUCACCGCUUGUUUGUUCAGCGGGACCUGGAACAGAAAAUAGUGGGUAGUAUGUGGCAACCAAGAUCGUAUAUACACAUACACAUAGUGUAACAUACUGUUACUCAACCUGUUGAUGACACGGCUGAAAUAAAACCUGUACGUGGCUAACGCUCUCCGCCACAUUUAUGUAAACAGGUCAGUUGUAUAUAAAUAAGUAGCUGGUCGCGCCCUUGUUAAAAUGCUGUAACAUAACUUGACUUUAGAAGGAUACUGAUUUCACAUAAAUUUACUGUUAAUAACUUACAUGCAUGAUGAUUUAAGAUAAAGACACUGCUAUACUUGUCACAUGACAUGAUAAAUGGUGACAUCGGAGUUGCGUAACCGAGGCUCCUGUUUACAUUAACUUGAGCGCUGUUGCGCAAGGUGUAUUCUAAACGAUAUGGCGAUGACGAUGUUUUUUCUUUGAAAUCCAUCCCAGUACUAAUGGCACGAUGACAGUUCUGGCUUGAUAUACUGGCAUUUGAUGAUAACUAGAUAAUGCUGAAAGACGGAACGUCCCCUAACGCGAUCGAACCUGACCACGCCCCCGCCGACAACCACCCCGACCAUUCGAAUGCUGCAGGGACAGGAACUUGUGAUCCGAUGGAUGAAAUCAACAAGUUCCGUGAUGCCCAUGACGGUGGCGACUCUCUAAGCGAGCUGUCAAGCGACUGUGAAUACCCGUCCCAGUCCUCCUCGAUACCUACGUGUGUUGUAGCACCGACCUCCACUGACCCCGACGAGUACAUACCCUCACGUAAACAACGCGAGUUUAUCCCAGAAAACAAGAAAGACGAUCACUAUUGGGAAAAACGCAGAAAAAAUAAUGAUGCCGCGAGACGAUCGCGAGAAAAGAGGAGAUACCAUGAUUUAGCGCUGGAGAACCGGAUUGUAGAUCUCACACGUGACAAUUGUGGACUUCGGAAUGAAUUGUAUGCCAUAAAGAAACGUUUUGGGAUACCUCUAAACGAGAAAUUUGUGGGAGAUGACGAACCAUCUCCACUACACAUUCAGAGACAGUCCGACAGUGCCAGUCCUUCUUUAGUCGGGACUGGUGCAGUUGGCGGAAUGUCCCCGGGGAACAAAGCUAUGCCUACUGGAUACAUGCAAAUGGGAACCGGUCGAGGGAGUAUCCCCGUGUCUGUACCCCCACCAUUGCUUCACAUUGGCGGAGGCAUGCCGGUCGGAAUGAACUUCGGCGCGAAUGGUCCUAUGUCGAUGUACGUUGGCGUAUCUACCUCCGAUGACGUACCUGCUGGGAACACUCACCACGUCACCUCGACAUAUCGGGAGUCAGAAGACCAAGAGGAUCAGCCCCCACCUGCUCAUUCCCAGCACGUGAAGCGGGAAGUCGAUCAGGAUGUGGUGUAUGGGUCGGAUAUUCCCUCAUAUUAUCAACGGGGUCCUGAAAGUCCGUCUACAUCGUUGCAUCAGUCGGCGACUAUGUACUCUCGGAAUACAGCUCCUGCCACCUCUUUACCGAUCAAAAAAACAAUGGACUAUUCGGAUGACAAUUCUACACAGGAAGAGCCCCUCUCUUUAACCGUUAAUAAAUCUUACGGGGUAUCGGGAAACGAAAGCUCCAAUUCGACAUCAUCAAGUGAAAGUAUGCUAUCACAAAGUCCUCCGGCUACAGCUCUACCUCAUAAGUUACGUCAUAAAUCCCCCGGCGAUUAUAGCUCAUUCGCCCAAUCACCCAGCCAGUACGGACCGUUCCCACACUCGUCCUCUUUCGGCAAUCCUUUAAUUAACGGUUUAGCUCAAUUAUCGGAGAUCGCUCUUGCUCAAUCAGGCCCUCUUCCUCUUCUCAAGACCUCGUCAUCGGGGAGGAAGUCUGGCCAUAAACACAAUCCACGUUCCCACAUUGAUCCGAAAUACGCCGAACGACGAAAGAGGAACAACGAAGCAGCUCGGAAAUGUCGCGAGAAUCGAAAAAGUUUGACAAUGGUACGAGAAGCUAAAUCCGAGUAUUUAGCGGGAGAAAACGGAAAACUUCGGGACGAGUUGGAUGAUCUCCAGGAUGAAAUGAGAAAGCUCAAGGAAUUGAUAGAAAAGAAACGAGUGAAAGGGAACAAUUCCCAAGAAAAAUCGGACGGUGAUUCCUUUUGAUAUGAACGGGUCACGUGAUAAAACGGGUCACGUGAUGAAAGAACACGUCCAUUUUCCUUAAACUUUUACGGGUAUUACAGGAUCUGCGACAUACGCUCUGAGGCACCCUACGUGGAAAUCCAUCUCAUUUCAACAACUGAAAGGCAGCCGCCAUCUUUUAAUUGAUAAUCAGGUAUAUAUUGGGUCCCGCUGGAACCUACACUCAGGUAACAAGAUAUCGCGUAAAUCAUUAUCGUAGCGUUACAUAGCGUCAAUACUCGCGCUAACUUAUCAUUCUCACAUUACCAAUUGAAAGGAACUAUUUUUUAAAACAUUUACCUUUUAUAGAUUAAGAAAUUAUUGUCAAAUAUAUUAAUGUUUAGCAUGGAUUCGCGCUAUACACGUGCACUUGAUCACGUGACACUUGUGUGGUGUCAGACGCCAACUACUUUCCAUGGCGUCGGGACAACUGAUGAGUGGUCACCAGUGGUCACCAGUGGUCACCAAGUUCUCUCAUGCAUAUGUAUAACAUUACGGGUGUACGUCACAUAGGUGGCUUUGUUUCAAUAUUGAUAUGUAUUUGUUUAUUCUGUGUUCUUUUAACGAGUUAUGUAUUUAAGAGUUUAAAGAAGUGAGUUAUAUUUCACUAACACGUCGUCGACGUGGUCACACACAAGGAUGUACUAGACACUAUCACGACAUCACGGCUAAUUCAAUCUAGAUUCUGAAUUAGCUAAACUUUUGCGAUUGCUUCAAUGCAACGAACUGUACUGGGAGACUUCAAAUUAACUUCAAAUAUUAAAACACUUUUCUUACACGUAUACAACUUUGGAUGCGUAACAUUCCGUGCUUCAUUUCGUAGUAUGAUCAAUGCUAACAACUUUACAGGAAAUUUGAUUGUCCUGAGACACAUAUACAUGUUCCUGAGACACAUUUACAUGUUUCUGAGACACACUUACAUGUUUCUGAGACACACUUACAUGUUCCAGAGACACAUUUACAUGUUCCAGAGAUAUAUUUACAUGUUUCUGAGACACAUAUACAUGUUCCAGAGACAUAUUUACAUGUUCCAGAGACACAUAUACAUGUUCCAGAGACACAUAUACAUGUUCCAGAGACAUAUUUACAUGUUCCAGAGACAUACUUACAUGUUCUAGAUACGUCACACUUUUUAAUGUCUGUUACUCUGACACGGGUUUCAAUUGCAGGGUGAUACGUCACACUUGUUUAGACAACAGAUGUCUAUUUUUAUGACACGGGUUUUAAUUACAGGGCGAUACGUCACACUUGUUUAGACAACAGAUGUCUAUUAUUAUGACACGGGUUUUAAUUACAGGGCGAUACGUCACACUUGUUUAGACAACAGAUGUCUAUUAUUAUGACACGGGUUUUAAUUACAGGGCGAUACGUCACACUUGUUUAGACAACAGAUGUCUAUUAUUAUAACACGGGUUUUAAUUACAGGGUAUUACGUCACACUUGUUUAGACAACAGAUGUCUAUUAUUAUGACACGGGUUUUAAUUACCAGGGUGAUACGUCACACUUGUUUAGACAACAGAUGUCUAUUAUUAUGACACGGGUUUUAAUUACAGGGCGAUACGUCACACUUGUUUAGACAACAGAUGUCUAUUAUUAUGACACGGGUUUUAAUUACAGGGCGAUACGUCACACUUGUUUAGACAACAGAUGUCUAUUAUUAUGA